AUGGCGGCCUGCAGUAGCGGCCGCCUGUCCCCGCAGCCGGGCCAGGCGACGGCGGAGGUGGUGGAGGCCGCGGGCGCCGCCACCGCCACCGCCGCCGCCACCGCCACCAGCACCACCACCGGCGACGGCGACGACGGCGACGACGACGACGACGAGGGCGACACGGUCAUCAUCGGCCUGCGGCUGGAGGACACGGACGACGUGACGGCCAUGGGCGGCGGGGUGCUGCGGGUCAGCGAGCGGACGCGGGUCCGGCUGCGGCUGUACGGGCGGCGGAUCGACAACAGCACCUGGAGCCGCAUCGGCUUCACCGAGCACCGGCGGGUCCCCGUCGCCCCCGACCCCCUGGCCGCCGCGGCCGCCGCCUCCUCCGCCUCCUCCGCCACCGCCGCCACGGCGGUGACCACCAGGGGGGCCAGAGCGAGGGGGGUGGCCGGAGGCUUCGACCCCUGCGGGGUGCGCACCUCGGACAUCGUGGUGCUGCCGGGGGUGGCGGUCAGCCGCCGGAGCACGGGCGUGAUCGAGAUGGAGGUGAAGCCGCUGCGCAAGACGGAGAAGAGCAAGGCCUACUACCUGUGCACGGCGGCCCGGGAGCCGGGCCCGGGCCAGGGCUCCGGCCCGGGCCCGGGCCCGGGCUCGGGCUCCGGCCAGGGCCCCGCCGGCUGGCUGUACCACGACACCGAGGACACCAUGGUGGUGGUGGUGGAGGAGCGCAAGUUCCUGCUGCCCUUCUGGCUGCAGGUCAUCUUCAUCUCGGUGCUGCUGUGCCUGUCGGGCAUGUUCAGCGGCCUGAACCUGGGCCUGAUGGCGCUGGACCCCAUGGAGCUGCGGAUCGUGCAGAACUGCGGCACCGAGAAGGAGCGGAGCUACGCCAAGCGCAUCGAGCCGGUCCGCCGCCAGGGCAACUACCUGCUGUGCUCCCUGCUGCUGGGCAACGUGCUGGUCAACACCACCCUGACCAUCCUGCUGGACGACAUCGCCGGCUCCGGGGUGGUGGCGGUGGCCGCCUCCACCGUCGGCAUCGUCAUCUUCGGCGAGAUCGUCCCGCAGGCCAUCUGCUCCCGCCACGGCCUGGCCGUCGGCGCCAACACCAUCGCGCUGACCAAGUUCUUCAUGCUGCUGACCUUCCCGGCCUCCUACCCGGUCAGCCGGCUGCUGGACGUCAUCCUGGGCCAGGAGAUCGGCACCGUCUACAACCGCGAGAAGCUGCUGGAGAUGCUGCGGGUCACCGACCCGUACAACGACCUGGUCAAGGAGGAGCUCAACAUCAUCCAGGGCGCCCUGGAGCUGCGGACCAAGACGGUGGAGGACGUGAUGACCCCGCUGCGGGACUGCUUCAUGAUCGCCUGCGAGGCCACCCUGGAUUUCAACACCAUGUCCGAGAUCAUGGAGAGCGGCUACACCCGGAUCCCCGUCUACGAGGGCGAGCGCUCCAACAUCGUCGACCUGCUCUUCGUCAAGGACCUGGCAUUUGUCGACCCCGACGACUGCACUCCGCUGAAAACCAUCACCAAAUUUUACAACCACCCCUUGCACUUUGUCUUUAACGACACGAAGCUGGACGCGAUGCUGGAGGAGUUUAAAAAAGGGCAACUUCCCCAGAAGACAGUGGUGUACCAUUUUUGGCAGCAGCUGGUGACCAGGCUCAACGCUGCAUACACUGUCUGCAAAUCAUGGGAACAGAUGCGCAAGAAGAUGGCACACUUAAAGAAAUAUGGCAAAGGUAAAUCUCAUCUGGCAAUAGUACAGAGAGUGAACAAUGAAGGAGAGGGGGAUCCAUUUUACGAGGUGCUAGGUAUCGUCACACUAGAGGAUGUAAUUGAAGAAAUUAUCAAAUCAGAAAUCUUGGAUGAAACAGAUUUAUAUACUGAUAACCGUACCAAAAAGAAAAUUACACACCGUGAAAGGAAACAGGAUUUUUCAGCCUUCAAACCAACGGAUAAUGAGAUGAAAGUGAAGAUUUCACCGCAACUACUACUAGCAACACAUCGUUUCCUAGCAACAGAAGUGGAGCCAUUCAGCCCAGCACAGAUGUCAGAGAAGAUCUUACUGAGGCUGCUCAAACAUCCUAAUGUUAUUCAGGAAAUGAAGUUUGAUGAAAGAAAUAAAAAAGCCCCAGAACAUUACCUCUUCCAUCGGAACAAACCUGUAGACUAUUUUAUCCUUGUUUUACAGGGGAAAGUGGAGGUGGAAGCUGGAAAAGAAGUAAUGAAGUUUGAAGCAGGUGCUUUCUCUUAUUAUGGCAUGAUGGCUCUUACAUCUUCUCCAGUUCCUUUGUCUCUGUCUCGUACCUUUGCUGUCAGCAGGACUGAAUCACUGGCUGGCUCACCAGAUAACCGAUCUCCACCUCGAACGUGUGGUUUAAAUCAUUCAGAUUCUUUGAAUCGGGGUGAUUCAAUAGCAUCGCAGAUGGGAAGCAACAACAGUCAGCUAAAUUCUUUGCUUCAAGUAUAUGUUCCAGACUAUUCAGUGCGGGCUCUGACUGACUUACAGUUUGUGAAGAUUACAAGACAACAUUAUCAGAACGCCCUGAUGGCAUCAAUAAUGGAUAAAACACCACAGUCAUCAGACAGUGAAAAUACUAAGAUUGAAUUGACUUUAAACGAGCUACAUGAUCAUUUACCUGAUGAAACAGCAAACCUCCUAAAUGAACAGAACUGUGUGUCUCAUAAGUCGAAUCAUAGCAUGCACAAUGAAGGCACAAUAUAGAAUAUCUGCAGGAUUACACCCUUGCUCAUUUUCAGAGAACUAAUCCUGUAUUCUUUAUGCAUGCACACAUGCAAGCACAUAUGUCCACUGUCAUGAGACCAAAGAGAUGUGCCUCGGCAAAUGAAGGUGAAGGAAGAAUAUCAGAGGUGGGUGAGCUGGAUACUAAACAACUGCCAAGAUUCAGACAGAUUCCUCUGUACAAAGGAGAAUGGUAACAUGUUGGGGGAAAAAAAGUAUAAAGCUACUUUAUGGCUGAGAAGAGAAACGUGUAUUUUUUUAAUGAAGAUCUACUGAGAUUAACUGUGAGAUUGUAAAACUUUUUUAAAAUUAUGGUAUGUGAUUUAAGAUGGUCAUUGAAGGUGAAUUUUCUAAAUUUUGAAAAUGCAUCCAUUACUCCAGCUUAAUUUAGUACAUGUUUGACAUUUUAAAGUCCUAUUGCAUUUAAUGGGACGUAGUUGCAUAUUUUAUCCCAAAAGAAUUGGGGUUGCUGGGCAUUUAAAUUGUAACUUGAAUAUGGAAACUCAAUUCAACAUUUGCACAACACAUCAUUGACGUAAUUGAUUCAACACUUGUAUGCAAACUGUGAAUAACACUCCUAUAUAGGGACUAUAGAACACCUUUGAAAGAAAUAGUUACAUUUACAUAGUAGUUAAAUAUGCCAAAUACAUAAAUGGUAGAAUGUAAAAAAGGGUUUUUCAUGAGUGAGAAACACAGCUAUAAUUGUAAAAGUGUUCUUAUGGCAGAACUGACUAUCACUACGUAUUGUUUAAUCAACCAACUUUGCAAGUAAAUUGCAGUUUGUAUUAUAUUGUACAAAACUGACUGAGUUGAAGUAUUCUGACUACAGUAUUCAUAACUGUGUAUAUAUUAAGCACAACAAAAUCUAUGGAUGAAGUGUAAGUUUCAUAAGAUUGUCAGUUAAAUGACAUUUAUAAUUAACAAUGGUAAAGACUUUGUAGAUUUACAGACUAUUUAUUUUGUAUAUGAUUUAUUUGUAUAUUUUGUGAUUUAAUUGAGUGUUUUGUUUAUUAUUCUAUCAUUCCAUUUUGGUUAAAAUGGUUUUACUCUAAAUGGCAUUUCAUUCCAUUUUUUUCCAUUGUAUUAUUUCUAAACUUGGUAUGAAUUUCGGUUAUAUUCUUGGUAUUGAGUGCCUCUUCACUCUUCCUAGCUUUGUUUCCUUUAAACAGUCAUGAACUGGUAAAAUCAUUAAUGGGGAUAAUUAUGGAAAUGUUAAAAGACUAACUUGUGGCCUGGAGUUGGUUAAUGGAACUUUUUCAUUUUAUACUUCAAAAGUGAAUAACUUUAAUAAAGAAAUUAUUCAUAAUUAAA